UCAAGCAGCUUCUCAAGACUUCCACCAAGAAGUCUGUGGACUAUGAUCAAUUACGGCCAUGGCUAGGUAACGGCCUGAUAGUGAGUACCGGUGACGUGUGGAAGGUUCACCGCCGUCUCCUCACGCCUGCCUUUCACUUCGAUAUCCUCAAACAGUAGUCAGUGUCUACAACAGGGCGGCGGAACACAUGAUCGAAAAACUUUCCAAGUACAGUGGGAAAGAGGACAGUUUCGAGAUGUUCCACCAGGCGAGCCUCUGUACUAUGGAAGUCAUCCUGCAGUGCGCGUUUUCCGGAGGGGAAAUGUCGGAGCAGACCAAAAAUGAGUAUGUUGAAGCAGUCAAGAGGAUCGGAAUCCUGCUAGUUGAGCGCAACUUCAACCCGCUGUACGUUCUGUUCACCGCUAUCUACAACCUCUCCCCGGGGGGACGGGAGUUCCUCCGCCUGUGUGACUUUGUUCACUACACAGGGGGCUCUAUCAUCAAGAGGAGGAGGCAAGAACUGGAACGCGAUCCGGAGAUCUUAGCUGAGAAGAAAAGGCUGGAUUUUAUAGACAUUUUGCUGAUGGCUCGAGAUGAAGACGGGAGAGGUCUGACGGAUCUGGAGAUCAGGGAGGAGGUGGACACGUUCCUGUUUGCCGGCCACGACACGACUGCCAGUACCCUGUCCUGGGCCCUGUACUCCCUGGCUCAACAUCCGCACCAUCAGGACAAGGUACGGGAAGAAGUGGACCAGCUACUGGCCGGCAGAGAGGAGGACACUAUCCAGUGGGAGGACCUCCACAAACUGCCGUACCUGACCAUGUGUCUGAAGGAAGCCAUGCGGCUCCACUCUCCCGUUCCUUUCAUCUCCCGCACCGUGACGGAAGACACCGUGAUAGACGGGGUCCACAUCCCCGAGGGUUCGUACAUAGGGAUCCACCUGUACGCGCUGCACCACAACCCGGACAUCUGGGGAGAUCAGCAUAUGGAGUUCGACCCAAACCGUUUCCACCCUGACCGGAUGAAGGACAUGGACUCUCACGCUUUCAUUCCGUUCUCUGCCGGACAGAGGAACUGUAUCGGACAGAACUUUGCCUUGAACGAAGAGAAGGUGAUUCUGGCUCGUCUCCUCCACAAGUUUACCUUUGACCUUGACCCCGCCCGUCCCGUGGAGAAGGACAUGACAGUUGUGAUGAAGACCAGGGACGGCAUGUGGAUGAAGGUCAAGUCUACAGGACAGACAGCUGACUAGUGGGCACAGACAAUAACAUGGCGUCAUGUAAUGAAGAGUGACCUUCAAGUGGUGGUAGGCGUCGUUAGGAAUAGGUUUAGUCAAAAUUGCAAAGUCAAACAAAGUCAAAUAAGCCUCAAACAUGAAAAACCCUUCACGAGCCUUUGGCGAUUUCCCCAUUCUCGAAAAGACGGAAAUUUGACAAUUUGACGGUCGUCUUAGCUACUUUUCUGCAGACGGCCGGGAGCGGUACUGCAGAUUAGGCUUUGAAAGGGUAUGUAACCCCAACUUGAAAAAUGUGACAAAGUGCAAGAAAUGAGGCUUAGAGUCAGCAAAAACUUUUCCAAAUAGGUCCAGACCUCUGGACACAUAUCUAGAAUGACAUUUCAGGUAUAAGUUGACAUGAAAAGGAUACAGUUUAGGAGAGAGAGUUUUAGAGAGCCCAUGUAUCACCAUAUCUGCCAGA